AUAAUAAGAGAAAAAUCAGUCGAAAUGAUUUAGCGGAGUGUGUUUCAUCUUAGCAUAAUAUUCUUGCAGUUCCUGGAUUUUUUCUUGAUGCAGGGAAUUACAGAGGUCUCUUAAGCUCGGCUAUGGCGGCGAUUUCUCAAAUCCCUUUCUCUCUAUUUCUAUCGUCAAGUAUCUCUCGCAAGCCUUUCUUCUUUCACCAUCAUCAUGAGCAGCAACUCUCUGCUUCGGACUGUAACUCAAGGAAGAAACACGGUUUCAUUUGCUUUGCCUGUUCUGUCAAACAAACCAGGGUUCGUAAGAAAGUGAAGAGCAACGAGGAGCUUCGAGGUGAGAUUAAGGAGUUAAUUGCGUUGGCUGGGUUUCCUGAAGAUCAUGUGCCAUCCAUGAAGGAACUCUCGCAUCAUGGAAGAAAUGAUCUUGCCAACAUUGUGAGACGAAGAGGAUAUAGGUUCAUCAGAGAGCUUCUUGCAAAUUCAAACAUGGAAGACAAUAAAGAGCCAGUUUCCCCGGACAGAGUAAAUAUGGAACUAAGUGCAGCUGGAGUUUGUGAAGAAGAUGAUUUAACAGGUCAGGGUGAAAGAGCAAAAGAUGUAGGUGAAGAGGAGUUGUCUUCAAGCAGAUUUUCGAGCAUGGCAAGACAUUUUGAUAGGGAUAGUGAUAGUUCACGAGAAGGAAAUGUUAUCACAGUUUUAGGUCCCUGGGCUGAAGAACAUGGAGGUGCCAGUAAAGAUGAAUCUUCACGAACCAAGGCUUUGGGCAGGCAAAACUCUCUCCCUAGUUUGGAUAACGGAAUACACUUAAACAUGGAUGAGGAUAGUGACUGGGGGGAAAUUACCGCAAGCGAUUCGGAGAUUGACAGUGUGGAGAUCAAUAAGGCAGUUGACAAUGAGUUAUCGUCUUCUGAAGCUCCAACAUAUGGAAACGUUUCUUUAGUUUUAGAUGAUACACCAAGUUGUUCAGACAAAGAGGCUGAUAACGUUUUGGUGACAAAAUAUGAGGAUGCCAAUGAUGUAGGCAGAGAUGCCGCAUUGCCAGGUGAUGUUUAUACCUAUGAACACUACAGUCCAGUUCUCAAUUACAGUAAUGAUGCUGAUGUGGCUGCUGGGACCUCGUCUACUCUGGCUCCGGAGGACUACAUCUCCAAUAAGGGGAUUUGUCAGAAUCAGCCAAUGGAUGAUGUGGCUAAUUAUCGUUUGGGCAAUCUUGAUCAUAGUCUAGAUGGAUCAGAUGACAAGGAUCAUAUUCUAGGACUUUCUUCAGUCACUUCGAGCUUAGAAGAAAAGACGGCCAGAUUUAUUCAGGAUGGAUACUUGGAUACAGUGGAUGGUAAUGAGAAUGAUAUACCAAAUGAAAGCCCUCAAGAAACGGAGGGAAAUAGAGAAAAACAUGAUCCAGCAGAAGUCCAGUUGACAACCAGCAGCAGCGAGCACAGUUAUGGUAGCCAGAGAAAUGCAAGUAUGAAAUCAGAUGGAAAUGCCUUGGCGUUAGAAAAGAUUAUCCAUGCUGACCAAGUGGGCAGCUCUGACAGGAACAAUGGUCUGAGAAAUGAAAAUGCUGAUACAGACAAGGAACUGCAUGAUGAGACCAGGAGAAGGGAAAAUCAGAUUGAAAUCGAUCGUUUGAAGUUUAUGCUGCAUGAAAAGGAGCUGGAAUUGUCAAGGUUGAAGGAGCAGAUUGAAAAGGAGAAGCUAGCUCUUUCGGUUCUUCAAAGAAAGGCUGAAACAGAAGUCAACAAGGCUCAACAGCUAAUCUCAGAGAAGGAUGCUGAACUUCAAGCAGCAGAGGAAAGUCUAUCGGAAUUGCAAGAGGUAGAGAUUGAAUACUGCGGAGAUGGUAGUGCUGUGGAGGUGACGGGCAGCUUCAAUGGAUGGCAACACCGUGUCGAAAUGGAACUUCAGCCAUCCAAGUCAAUUGGGAAACAGAAAUAUUGGUCGACAUUACUGUGGUUGUAUCCCGGGAAAUACGAGGUUCUGAUGCGUAUAAAGUUCAUCGUGGACGGGCAGUGGAGGGUCGAUCCUAAGAAAGAGUCGGUCACCAAGGGACACAUCACAAACAACCUUGUCAAAGUAGACAGGUGAGAGCUUUUUGUUGAGAACUUUGAUUCAGGUGAAAUUAGGAUGAGGAUGACAUUCUUUAGAAAGCCAUAGUCAGUGUUUUGCCUCCUCGUUGGAGGGGGAGGAGGAGGUAGUUUCCUGCACCAAACAAAACUUGGGUUCUCAUUGUACAAAUUUAUGUACAAAUGUGGUAUUUUACUUCAAUAAACAAACUCACAAGGGUUUUCUGGCGUGUAAGAAUAAAGGAACGUGGUAUAAUCCUAA